UUCUCCCUCCUCAGCAGCCCGGCCGUCGUCCCGUGCGCCCUGCCGCCGCGCGCCCCGGGGGAUGAAGUGGUAACGGGCCCCCCCGGAUGACCCCGCAUCACCACUGCGAAGCCUACAGCUCUGCCGGGGAGGAGGAGGAGGAGGAAGAGGAGGAGAAGGUAGCUACAUCAAGCUGGGUGGCAGACAGCUCUAUAGGAUAUCAUGAAGUUUCCAGGUCCUUUGGAAAAUCAGAGAUUGUCUUUCCUAUUGGAAAAGGCAAUUUCUAGGGAAGCCCAGAUGUGGAAAGUGAACGUGCCUAAAAUGCCUACAAAUCAGAAUGUUUCUCCAUCCCAGAGAGAUGAAGUAAUUCAGUGGCUGGCUAAGCUCAAAUACCAGUUCAACCUUUACCCAGAAACAUUUGCUCUGGCUAGCAGUCUUUUGGACAGAUUUUUAGCUACUGUAAAGGCCCAUCCAAAAUAUUUGAGUUGUAUUGCAAUCAGUUGUUUUUUCCUAGCUGCCAAGACUGUUGAAGAGGAUGAGAAAAUUCCAGUGCUGAAGGUAUUGGCAAGAGAUAGUUUCUGUGGCUGUUCCUCAUCUGAAAUUUUGAGAAUGGAAAGAAUUAUUCUGGAUAAAUUGAAUUGGGAUCUUCAUACAGCUACACCAUUGGAUUUUCUUCACAUUUUUCAUGCCAUUGCAGUGUCAACUAGGCCUCAGUUACUUUUCAAUUUGCCCAAAUUGAGCCCAUCUCAACAUCUGGCAGUACUUACCAAGCAACUACUUUAUUGUAUGGCCUGCAACCCACUUCUGCAGUUCAAAGGAUCCAUGCUUGCACUGGCUAUGGUUAGUUUGGAAAUGGAGAAACUCAUUCCUGAUUGGCUUCCUCUUACAAUUGAACUGCUUCAGAAAGCACAGAUGGAUAGCUCCCAGUUGAUCCACUGUCGGGAGCUAGUGGCACAUCAUCUUUCUACUCUGCAGUCUUCCCUGCCUCUAAAUUCCGUUUAUGUCUACCGUCCCCUCAAGCACACCCUGGUGACCUCUGACAAAGGAAUGUUCAGAUUACAUCCUUCCUCUGUCUCAGGCCCAGACUUCUCCAAGGACAACAGCAAGCCAGAAGUGCCAGUCAGAGGUACAGCAGCCUUCUGUCAUCAUGUCCCAGCAGCCAGUGGGUGCAAGCACACCUCUGCUAAACGCAAAGUAGAGGAAAUGGAAGUGGAUGACUUCUAUGAUGGAAUUAAAAGGCUCUAUAAUGAAGAGAAUGCUCCAGAAAAUGUGGGUUCUGUGUGUGGCACUGAUUUGUCAAGACAAGAGGGACAUACUUCCCCUUGUCCUCCUUUGCAGCCUGUUUCUGUCAUGUAGUUUUCACCCAAGUGUUAGUUAACCUGCCAGGGCAAACUAAGGUUGACUACUCUGGAAUGAAAGCAUAUAACCAGGAAAGGCUAUAGCUCAGGCUGUUUUGAAGUGAGCCAAAAACAAAAAACAAACAAACAAAAAUACAGCAAAACAAAAGCCCUUGUUCAUUUGGCGGCUAAUUAUAAUUGAUUAAUUUAUAACCUCAAAAGAUUCAAAUAUUUUUAAGUAGAAAACUUUGUAGUGUAUCAAUUCCACUCUUGCCCCAUGUCAAAAAAUUCCAUAGUUAAUACUUAAAAGGCUCCAAAAUUUAAAGUUACUAACCUUUGCUCUCACAGCCUUGAUUUAAUUUUCUGUUGCUUUUGCUUGUUUCCCCAAUGAAUACUGAAUGAACUUUAUGCAUGUUGCUCUAUAUACUGUUUUCCAUUGAAUAGGUAACCCCUGAAAUUUUUUUUUAUCAAUUUAAUAAAUUUAGUGUGGCAACCAUGUUUAAUCUGAUUCAAGUUCCAAUUUGUCUGAAAAGGGUACUUUAGUAUUGUCCCAUUUGAAUCAAAGGUGAUAACAGAAAAGUUCUCAUAUUACAAAAUUGAUUUUCUUGUUUCAAUUGAAUUUUUUGAGUUAGAAACAAAAUUACUGUUUUCAUUUUUAUUUUAAAGCUUUAAAAGAGUAUAUAAUUAGGACAUUUAGGUUUGUUUAAAUCAUUUUUGACAUUUGUAUAGAAGAAUUCCUGAUAAAGUUAAUAUAUCCAGAUGCACACCAAAGAAACAUGUAUGUAACGUAUAAUUAGAUUUUUUGUAACUGAUGUUUUCACUCAUUUGUAAUCAGUAGGAGAGACUGUCUGUUGGGCAGCUCUAUAAUUUGAGUCUGUAACACGUAAUCACUGAAUUCAGUACCUUAGUUUUAUGUUAACUAUUAAGAUUUUCUUGAUAACAACGUUAAUACCUUGCCUCCCACCUACCCAAAUUUCUCUUCAUGACUUCUGGAUCCUGAGCUCCUUGUGCAGUCUGAAGAAGGUAUUGCAGUCAGACCAUGUGCUGAUGAUAAAAGCCUCUGGUAGCAAUAAAAAGUUGUCCUUAA